AUGUAUGUCACAGCAAUCUUGGGGAACUUCACCAUCCUGUUCACUGUGAAGACAGAGCCGAGUCUCCAUGGGCCAAUGUACUAUUUCCUUUGCAUGCUGGCCAUCACCGACUUGGUUGAAUGUACGUCCAUUGUACCCAAAAUGCUGAGCAUCUUCUGGUUCAAUUCCAGAGAGAUAGAUUUCAGGUCUUGCCUCACUCAGCUGUAUUUCAUUCACUGUUUCUCAGGGAUGGAGUCUGGGAUCUUCGUGGCCAUGGCUUUGGAUCCAUAUCCCUUCCUGGUAAGGCAGUGGCCUUAUUGCAGAACCAACAUCAUCCCCCAGCCGUACUGCGCACACAUAGCCGUGGUGAAGCUGGCCUGCGCUGACACCCGCAUCAGUAGCUACUAUGGCCUCUUUGUGGUGUUCUGUGUGAUGGGUCUGGAUGCGAUUUUCAUUGCCCUGUCUUACACCCAGAUCCUCAGGGCCAUCUUCAGCCUCCCCACAAAGGAUGCCAGGAUCAAGACUUUUGGGACCUGCAUCUCCCACCUUUGUUCCAUCUUAGCCUUUUACAUCCCAAGUCUCUUUUUCUCCCUCAUAUACCGAUUUGUUCAGAAUGUACCCCUGCAUUUCCACAUUCUCAUUGCCAACGUUUACCUCUUGAUGCCCCCUGUGCUAAAUCCCAUCAUCUACGGGGUGAAGACCAAACAGAUCCGGGACAGGCUGCUCCGGCUCUUUACUCGUAAAGGGACCUAA